ACUCAGACUUUUGUAUGUUAAAAAAUUCCUGUAUAUUGAUUUCCCCAAGAGUUCCAGGAAAUGAAUGAUGCAGCUGUGUUCAAGACAGUCCUGACUUCCAUUAUCCUGGGAAUCAGACAUAUCUACGGUCCCAUUUGGGAGAUAUUUCAAAUUAAAAGUCCUAAAUGUUUAAAGAAAUCGGUCAUUUCUUUAAUGUUUGAAGUGCUUUAUAUAUGUUUUUCCUCAAAACCCCCGGCAUUGACUGAUGCAGCUGUGUUCAGGACAAUCUUGACUUCCAUUAUCCUGGGAAUCAGACAAAUCUACGGUCCCAAUUGGGAGAUAUUUCAAAGUAAAAGUCCUAAAUGUUUACGAGUAAUCAGUAAUUUACUUAAUGUUUGAGGUGCUUUAAAUAUGUUUUUCCUCAAAACCCCCGGCAUUGACUGAUGCAGCUGUGUUCAGGACAAUCCUGACUUCCAUUAUCCUGGGAAUCAGACAUAUCUACGGUCCCAAUUGGGAGAUAUUUCAAAGUAAAAGUCCUAAAUGUUUACGAGAAAUCGGUCAUUUCUUUCAUGUUCGAGGUGCUUUAUAUAUGUUUUUCCUCAAAACCCCCGGCAUUGACUGAUGCAGCUGUGUUCAGGACAAUCCUGACUUCCAUUAUCCUGGGAAUCAGACAUAUCUACGCUCCCAAUUGGGAGAUAUUUCAAAGUAAAAGUCCUAAAUGUUUACGAGAAAUCGGUCAUUUCUUUCAUGAUUGAGUUUGAGUCAGCCUUCAGGAGCUGAUCAGCAAAUAUUACUACAUUGUGACUGGAAAAGGACAAGAAGACUUGAUAGGGCUACCAAUUCUGCAUCGCUGCCCCUGAGUCACGUUAUGAAGAAUGCCAAAGAUUUAUGUCGAAAACAGUGAGUAAUUGCUGUUCAUACUUAUCAUUUCUGAUCUUUUAACAUGUGAAAUCUUUGUAAUACUAAUUUUACAACCUUUUUCUUUCAGUGCCCCCAGACAUUACCACCUGGCCAUGCACGUCUUUGGUCUAAUGACACAGGCAACAACCCUAAAUGACUUAGACAAACUUGUCAUCAGUGCAGCGGUAGUUUUUUCCAGUUCCCACAGUGAGAGUAAUGUUGAAAAACAUUUCCAAAAUCUCCAGAGACUAUUAACAAAAGCAGGACAUUGUGACAUUGAUGACACAAUCAUUGUGGAGCAAGACUUUGUGGUAUGUAACUUAAUAAUUUUUUAUAGCGCUACUAUUUUAUCCUAACUUGGAUUUACAUAUAGUAAAAAAGGAAGCUUUUGGCAGGUCUGUAUUCACCUGCAUAUUUAUUGCCAAAAUCCAAUAGACAACCAUUCUUCAGUGGUGACAGGGUUUACGUUUGUUUCCAAGAUGUAAGAAAUAAAACUAAACUUUAAUUAUUUUUGCUAGAAUGAUGUGGGACCAACACCAUUUCAACAUCAUUUUGAUGACAUCAUUGGACAUCAAGAGCUUGAGAAAAAUGGGGAUCCAAAUGUAUACUUCAGCCCAACGUUUAUCCCAACAUUGGUGAAGUACUUCUUACCUCAAGCCGCUCUGUGGUCUGGCCUACUCCUGGGUGACCUUGGGCGCCAUGGAACAGGUCCCAUUUACGACAGACUUUCGCAAGUGUUCAAAAGAGCUUCAUGUAGACCCACACAGGUACUAUAAGCCAAAAUGAUGAUACUAAAAUAAAUGUGCAUUAUUCCAUCCUGGAUAUUACAGAGAAAGAUCAAGAUCAGGUUAUGGAGAAAAGUCAAUGGGAUCUGAAAAAGAUCCGUUUUCAACGGAGACGACUGACCAGACUUGAUGACUUUGUCCACACCUCCAAAACCACCCUGAAGGCCCUUCUUAGGGAAUACAGUGACUCUUUGAAGAGGAAGAAGAAGAGCACAACAGAAACAAUCAUACCACAAGCUCCAACAACAACAAAAGAUCUUGACCAUAAUGAAAAGGCCAUUAAAGGGCUUUCAACAAGCUUGAAGCCAACAGAUGAUGAGGAUGCACAGGGAUGCACAGUUGAUUCUCCAUCACAGCUCCAGAAACUGUGGGGACAAAAUGACACAGAAGUGGUUGUGUCGGAGAUCCCCUCUCAAUUUAAAGGAAACAGCUUCAUGAUCCAUCACAGCGAGCUACGAACCCUCAGACCUCAAGAAUGGCUUGCAGGCGAGGUAAUUGAGUGUCUCUUGCAUCACACACUCAACGAGCUCCAUUUGGGGAAUAAACUUUAUAUCCUCAACUACUACACGGCUAAUGUGAUCCUCUUUGGAAAGAGAGAAGCUGUCAGGAGGAACAGUUUGUCCAAGAUCAACUUUGAGGACUACGAAGGAAUCGUGUCUUUUGUGAAUGUACACAACACUCACUGGAAGUUUCUGUACAUCAGUGCUGCCCAAGGCAGCAUUUAUUUGGUGGACCCAUUCCACACAUCCACAGAGCUGGCAGACUCCAACAAUGCUGCCAAAAGAUUCCGUGAGUACUUCAAAAUGUGAAGGAUCUGCCACAGCAAGUCUGACUGGGUGGAUAUCAAAUGGAAGGGAGCGGUUAUGCAACACCCAGUGCAGCAAGAUGGCAACAGCUGUGGGUUGGUGGUAAUCAUGGUGAGAUUAAUAUUUCUCUAAGACCAAGCUUUUCCCAAAUUAAUAUUUAUCAAUUCUGUAUUUUUCAUUUUAGUUGGUUUAACAGCAUCUGCAAUCACUCACAUGUACAUCACAUAUUGUGCCAUUGUUUAGAUGGCAAACAAAGUCAUGGAGGCCUUCCCAAUCGUGCCAAACAUGGUAUUUGGCACGACAAUCAAAGAAAUGGAAGAUCAGCGGAAACAGUUCGCUCUGAAAAUAUUGAAAGCAUCAGUGUUUGAAUCGGAGUACAAAUGUUCAAUGUGCUCGGCCAAAAAACCACCCGGUCCAGGGCCUGCUUUCACUGACUGGAUUCAGUGUGACAGCUGUUCCCGCUGGUUCCACAGCCAGUGCCUCGGAAUGGACACAUAAACCCUUCAGAAAGCAUCAAAUUCCAACUGGAACUGCUGUCUGUGUCCCUAAUUAUUGCACCAAAAGGAUGUGCAACAUUUUUAGGGUCCGAGCGACAGACGAAGUCUGACCGAGAGGAACCUAUUGAAAUUGUUAGGGGUAUUAUUAUUCUUCUUCUGGAUUUUUAUUUUAGAACAUUGGGGGCAUAUUGGGGGUAUGUAUCAUAUCCCAAAACUCACCAAAUUUGGCAAGCUUGUCAGGCUUGGUGAAAAUAGCCGGAUGACACCGACUUCGAAAUUCGGCUUUCAAAAAUUGCUCUCUAGCGCCACCUGGAAGUUUGACCGGCGACGCCCCUCACCCAGUAUGGUCAAAUGACUAGCUUUUAUUUUUCCCAAGUCCACUUGGACCUGCUCUACAAAAAAGCCUCUCAGGACCCUAAGCUCCGCCUACUUAAAUUUUCCGCCAUAUUUUUUUUGGUGAAAAACACAUCAGAGGCGUUUGCUCCGACAUACGGGGUCCAAUUCAUACCAAACCUAUUGGAGAUAAUGAUCAUGGAAGCUAUAUCAUCUAAGAUCUGUCAUCUUUUUUCAAAUAUAUUGUUGUGGUAAGCAUCUAUGGCCGAACGAACAUUUUAGGGGCGUGUCCUGUUUUGUAAUGCUCAUAACUUCAACACUAUUGGGGAAAAAAAAUAACAGACUUUCAGGAUAUGUGCAGAAUGGAGCCUGAAACAUUCACAGCUAAUUUCGUGCAAUUUGAACCGUAGGGGGCGCUACAAUAAUUCACCAAAGUUGGCCGUUUUGGGCAUUUUUUGGCGUUUUUCGCUUGAUUUGGCCAGUUUCCACUUUUUCCCCUUCGAUUAUUUCUCCCACAAAACGCCAACAGAAUCGGCUAAAAAUCAGUUUUAUAGAAUGUCAAGACUUGAAUAAUGAACACUGUGAAAAAAAACGGACUUUUCGUCGGUAGAAAAGUUACGUUUUUUUACUGCCAAUAAUUUUGUACUUUCUGUGAUUUCUUUAUGUUAAAAACUAUUGCUUAAACUCAUCCGAUACUUCCCCAAAAAAUCAUGUGUGAUGCCAGUCAAGGCCUGAACACAUUCACACGAAGAAACAAGCACAUUUCUUGGAGGAACACCUAUUGAUCACCUAUUGAGAAGUAAAAUAACCAAAUUUUUCUGCCCAAAAUAAUGUGAGCUCCUACGGCUGCCUGUAAACCAGCUGGCUCAUAGCUCACCAUGAUAAGUGUUGGUCUGGACACCUGGAGAUGCGUGUUCGAUUCCAAGACAAGGCAGCUUUUUUUCAUCACUUUUUUUUUACAUCGUAUUUACAUGACGUGAUCUCUACUUCACGUAGGGACACACGACGCAUGAAUAUGUUCACAUAGUUAAAGCGCCACCUAGUGGCUCAACUGUACUUCCUUCAGUCCGCCCCAAAUUUGUUUGACUAGCCCGUUAUUUAGAAUGGAAUAAGAACUCUCUCUGUCUCUCUUUUUCUCUCUCCUCUCUCUCUUUUUCCUUCUCUUCUCUCUCUCUCCUCUCUCU